UGUAUUUCGACAUCACUGCUCUCAAGUUUUAAUGUAGUACUUGUUCUACGAGACCGAAACGCACGCAUUCAAAGCAAAAGCUAAAAAUAGCCCCCCACCCGCCUCGUUAAAGGUUAACUGUUAUUCAUUCUUGUUUUGCGUGCGACCGUUUUCAUACGUAUUAUGGGAAAGCGAAGCCGUGCUAAGAAGCUUUUAAGGCUGGAGAAGGAGCUUUUUAGGUUAAAGAAGAAGCUUAAGAGGGAUGAUUGUUCGCCCUGUAGCAGCUCAAGGUCGAGGUCGCUGACCCCUACAGACCUUUCCGUGCGACUUUUGACUACACCUUCCCCCUCACAAGGAGGUGGCGGUUUUUCGUGCCUGGAGGUUAGUCCUGCUUCAGGACAGGCUUGGGAUGUUGGCGCCGAUUCUGCGUCCAUUGUGUUGGAUGCAGAGAAAGAAAACUUGGACUGUGCGUCGGCUCCUGUCGUUUUAUCUCCAUCGGAGCAGGAUGACUUGUUGUCGUUGUUGGGGAACGUUUCUACUCCAGCGACUUCGGUUGGACCACCAAUACACGACCGGAUUGCUAGUAAUUUGACUUUCAUUCUAAGAAAUGGGUUAAAAUCCGAAGACAUGUCCAAACUUUUACAGAAGUACCAGGUUCCUGAGAAUUGUAUUGCCGUUAAUAGCCCCAAGCUAAAUCCCUUGGUGUCCAUGUCGAUACCUGAUAAAUUCGUGCAGAGGGACGCAAAUUUAGCUAAGCUACAAGCUCGUUUAGGAGUGGCACUUGCAGCUACUUCGGUGUGUCUAAACACACUUCUUGGAGUCAAAUCUUUUGACAAGAGCAUAAUUGAAUCUUUGAACGAUUCAUUAAAAAUUAUGUCUGACAUCCAUUUUAAUCAAAGUCAGGUGCGAAGAUCUUUAAUAAGAUCGAAUAUAAGUGAGUCUCUACGGUCUACGUUGGAUGGAAUUGCUUUAGACGAUUUCUUAUUUGGAGCCGACUUAGAUGAAAAAGUUAAAGCUUCCAAAUCCCUGGAGAAAGUGUCGAAGGAUUUAAGUUUGACCAAACCGAAAGCUGUCGUACAUGGCUCAAAAAACUUUCGCAACCCGCUUGUGUCCAAUCGGUGGAAUCGAGCACAGGGAGCAGUGAGAACUCCAAACACAGGCGGGCAGAAAAAGUUCACUCCCAAUCAGAGCUCCAACAAAAGGAAGCCAUGGCUCCAACCUCGAAAACAAUAGUAAGUAAAACAGGGGGCAGGUUGGCCCACUUUUUUCCUGUUUGGAGACGUGUAACCGAUGACCCCAUGGUGUUAUCAGUUAUUAGAGGUUAUGUGAUACCUUUUUGUAAUAACAUUAAUUACAAUUGUGUUUCUACUGAACCUAAUUGGUCUUGUAAAGAAAAACAAGAGAUUGCUUUUCACAUUUCUAAUCUGUUAGAUUUAGGGGCUAUUGUUAAGUGUGAUUUUGUGCAUAACCAAUUUUUAUCUGGUAUUUUUCUUGUGCCUAAAUCUGAUGGGACCUCCAGAUUGAUUUUAAACUUAAAAAAUCUAAAUAAGUACAUCAAUACUUCUCAUUUCAAAAUGGAGGACUGGAGGACGGUCUCUUGUCUUUUAAGGCGGAAUAUGUUUAUGGCCACAUUAGACAUUAAGGAUGCUUAUUAUCAUAUUCCGAUACAUAAGGAUUCAAGAAAAUUUUUAAGAUUCUUGUUUAAGGGACAAUUAUAUGAAUUUACAUGUUUACCUUUUGGUUUGUGCACUGCCCCUCUUAUCUUUACUAAAAUUUUAAAGCCUAUUUUUGGGCGUCUCAGGAGUAAAGGGCUACUCUCUGUUACUUACUUAGAUGAUUUCUUGUUAUUGGGGGAUUCAUAUGAAAAUUGUUCUUUAAACGUAUCAUCAACUCGGUCUUUGUUAUGUGAGCUUGGGUUUAUUGUAAAUGAUGUCAAAAGCCAAUUGGUACCGUCCAAGGUUUGCACUUUCUUGGGUUUUUGUUUUGAUUCUGUUAAUAUGACUAUCGGAUUGCCGGAAAAGAAAAUUGCCAGCUUAUUAGCUUUAUUGAAUAGUUUUGAUUACGGUUACGAGUACUCUCUCCGUAAUUUUGCAAGGCUUGUAGGGAAGUUAGUUUCGAGUUGUCCGGCAGUACGUUUUGGUUGGGUACACUUCAAGUCAUUUGAAAGGUUUAAGUUCAUUCAGUUAAUAGUAAACAAUAAGAGUUUUGAUGACAUGUUUACAUUUCCAGUUUCCCUAGCUAGAGACUUAAUUUGGUGGAAAACAAACUUGAUGAUCUCAACUCCAAUUAGGACUUAUCGAUAUGCCCUGGAAAUUUUUUCUGAUGCCUCAAAGACAGGCUGGGGUGUUUGUUGUCAAGGGAAGACGGCCAGAGGUGUUUGGACCGUUUUUGAACAAACUCUCCAUAUAAACAGCUUAGAACUUUUAGCGGCGUUUUAUGGACUGAUUUGUUUUGCUUUUGACUAUUCAAAUUGUGAAAUUUUAUUGAGAAUAGACAAUAAGACUGCUAUUGCUUACAUUAAUAAGUUUGGGGGAACCAAGUAUUUUACUCUUAAUACUUUGGCGCGCGAUAUUUGGGACUGGUGUGAGAACCGGAAAAUUUUUUUGUUUGCAUCUUACAUUCCUUCUGCAGAUAAUGUUAUAGCCGAUCGUGAAUCGAGGAAGUUAGAUGUAGAAACAGAAUUUGAAUUGUCAGAUCAGGUUUUCCAAGAAAUAAUUUCCGUUUUUGGUGUACCAGAAAUUGAUCUUUUUGCCUCCAGAUUUAAUACAAAGUGUAAUAGAUUUGUUUCCUGGAGAAAAGAUCCUCUAUCGGUAGCAGUAGAUGCUUUUACCUUAAACUGGUCAAAUUUAUAUUUUUACGCGUUUCCUCCUUUUUCGAUGAUUUUGAAAGUGCUCCAAAAGAUAAGCCUUGAUGGGGCCGUAGGUAUUGUAGUGGUCCCCUUUUGGCCUACUCAGGUUUGGUGGCCUCUCUUUAAGGAACUAUGCAUAUCGAAGCCUAUUAUUUUUCAAAGUAGUGAUAUUGACGAUGAGGAUAGUAAUUUAAUUUUACCUUACAGAAAUCGCGUUCAUCCCCUAGCAAAAUCACUUUCCCUGGUUUCGUGCAAGUUAUCAGGGAAGCCUAUCGUUUGAGAGGAAUUCCUCCUGAAUCUUUUGAACUUUUCACCAACUCAAUAUCAUCAGCUACUUUAAAGCAGUACUCUUCGGCUCUUUCUAGAUGGUGGUAUUUUUGUGGGACUCAUGGUUGUGAUUUUUACAAUAGUUCUCACUCAGAUAUAAUUAAGUUUCUUACCGUAGAAUUUAAUAAAGGUGUAUCUUUUAGCUACCUAAAUGUCAUAAGAUCGGCGAUUAGUUUUGUUAGGGGCAAUGAUUUUGUAAACAAUCUAGAAGUUAAGAGAUUGUUUAAAGGAAUUUUUAGAAGUAGACCGCCUAGGAGAAAGUAUGACUCCAUCUGGGAUCCGAAUGUGAUUUUACAGCAUUUACAGACUCUUUUGCCUUCAGAGGACUUACCUUUGAAGGAUCUUUCUUUAAAACUAGUUACUUUAUUGGCUUUAACUACUGGCCAUAGGAUUCAGACUCUUUCUAAAAUUAAACUUUCUAACAUUGUAUUUUUGGACAAGCAGAUUGAAAUUCGGAUCCCUGAUGAGAUCAAAACUUCUGGUUUAAAUAGAGUACAGCCUAAUUUGAUUUUGCCAUUUUUCUCUGACAAAAAGUUGUGCGCAGCGUAUACGCUCAAAGUUUAUAUUUCUAGGACUAGGAGUUUGCGGAAUUCAGCUGAUUCUUUAUUCAUUUCAUUUAAUAAACCGCAUUGUGCGAUUCACAGUACGCAAACCCUUAGUCGCUGGAUCAAGAUUGUUUUAUCAGAUAGUGGUGUCGAUGUCUCACUGUUUAAAUCGCAUAGUAUAAGACACGCUAGUACGUCGGCUGCUUUUAGAUCUGGAGUAAAUAUAGAUUCUAUUAGGAAGUCGGCUGGUUGGAGCAAAAGCUCAGAAACUUUUGCUAAUUUUUAUAACUUGCCUUUGUGUGAAUCCAACGUUUUUGCAAGUUCAAUUAUAAAUUUAUGAUUUCGAUUUAUGGUAGUUAUAUCUUUCAUAUUGUUUUUUAGGUGUAUUUCUGAUAAAUAUUAAAUUUGUAGCAAACUAAA